UAAUCGACCAAACAACAGGAGUUUCAGAAGAAGAUCGAAACGAUGGCUCUGAGUGCGACGAUGGUGGGAGCUCUGCUGGGACUCGGCACCCAGAUGUAUUCCAACGCUCUCCGCAAGCUCCCUUACAUGCGCCAUCCGUGGGAGCAUGUGGUGGGCAUGGGACUCGGUGCUGUGUUCGCGAACCAGCUCGUGAGAUGGGAUGUGAAGCUCAAGGAAGAUCUCGAGGUGAUGCUCGAUAAGGCUAGAGCUGCCAACGAGCGCCGUUACUUUGAUGAAGAUCGGGAUUAGUUAUGGAGUCAUCUUUGACAUCUUCAGAGAUGAAAUAUAUUUCCUCUGAAGUCAUUUUCAAGUGCUUGAUUUCUUUGAUCUUCCCUGUAAAAGCUUUUCUUACACCUGGUUCCCUUUUGCUUUGGCACUGGAGCACUUUCAGUUUUGUGUUUUUGGUUAAUGAACCUAAAGAUUUGCGUUCUUAUCUCACAGUUUGUAAAACUGGCUAAUAAUUUCGAAUGAGAAACGUUUCAAUGCUUAAAUA